CGAGGGGAAGAGUUCGCGGCCGCCGAAGGGGCGAGAGUGGGUGGAUAGGUGGGUGGGCGACAGUGGUUACGGACGGCAAGCGGCGCGGCAGUAGUAAUGGAUAGUAGUCUCGCGGCCGGUAGUAGUAAACGGCUGGCUACUCCUCGCGCGACCCUUCCGCUCCGAACCGGCCGCGCUCCGGACGAUCAAUCGAGCCGGCGAGAGGCACGACGCGAAGGGUGACGCGAAGCACGCGAGAAGCGUGCCGUACACUCGGCCUACCGACUCUUCGGGGUUGCUCUCCCCCGGGAGAACCUGGAACUCGGCCUCUGGACUCUCGGAGAUCGCGUAAAUGCGCCGCGGCAGACGGUGGACGACGAGCGAGCCGGAGAGAGACAUCGGGGGAUCGUCAGGAAGAGGGCUCGUCGCCGUCGCGUAGGAGAAAGUGACGACGUUCCCGAGUCCUCGGGAGCGAGCGGCGGCCGAGUUCGAGGAUCCUCGGGGUAGUUCUUAGGGUGCCAGUGGUCCAGGAGCGCGAGCUUCGUCGGCUCUCGACUAUGUGCCGGCGUCUUGAGAGGAUCCGGCUGCUGGGAUCGUCGCCGGUGAUCGUGCGCGGCGUCGUCGCGACGGAGCGCAAGACGUGACUCCGUUCAGGCGUCAGCUGAUCCGACGAGGUCGCGGAAGACAAAGGAGGAGAGAGAUUCACGAUGGCUCUCGUGAUGUUACCGUGCGACCUGCCCUGGUGGCCGGCUGUUGUGAAGCAGCUGGACAAAGCCGCCGCGGCUGGGAAGUCUGAGGAACUGAUAGACGCGAUGCAGCGACUGCAUGACAUGUGCAACAUAAGCCUCGACCCCGAGGAAGACGUGCAAGACCCCAACUUGUUCGCCGAAUUGGCGACCUUCCUAGAUAAAGACCUUGACCUCGCGGAGAGGGAGCAGGUGUUCACGAAGACAAUACCGCGGAUGGUGGAGAGGGCGAAGGCUCUGAGAUCUACCAAGCCGCCGCAAGGUUUACACUUUAGCCUCCAGCAACAAGGUGAUAGCGUCGAGUACAGUUACGCCUUCGUCUCUUCCUUGAUCGCAAACGCAUUUUUCUCGACAUAUCCGAAGAGAACCACUAAGACACAUCCCACGUUGCGCGACUUCAACUUCACGAACUUCUUCAGACAUCUUCAUAAAAACGCACAGAAAGCUAAGCUCAAAAGUAUCUUUCAUUACUACAAUUAUCUCGAGACGGAGCAUGCACUCGACGGCCGCCUAGUAAUAUCCAGACAGGUGAUGACGUCUAAACAGUGGUUAACUAUCGAGGACUGGCUGGAAAGCAACGUACCUCUGUGUCCGUUGACUAUACGCCAUGAAGGUCGGUUGGAUAGGAUGGAGACGGAGUCGAAGGUGCUGCAUGUUUGCUUCGCGAACGCUAGAAUCGGUGGCGGAGUGCUCGAUGGGGAUGUCACGCAAGAGACUGUACAUGUGGCGACGCAUCCCGAGAUGCUCGCAGCGAUACUAUCCGUCGAGGCCUUAGAAGACAACGAAGUACUGAUAAUCGAAGGUGUCAGGCACAUGUCGAGGAUAAACGAUCCGCGACAUAAGGCGAUCUUCGAAGGCAUGCCAAAGCCGAACGUGGUAACGGUCUGCUGCAUAGACCCCGAGGACUACUCGCGACUACCGCUGACGCAGUUCGAGGAGGAUAACAUUCUGCGCGAGAUGAACAAGUCGCUGCUGGGUUUCCGCCAGCGAUAUGUGCCCAGCAGUCCCACGGAUCCCAUCAAAACGGACUCUGAGACGGAGAUCGGCCUAGGCUCGCGCAGACUGUCGCCGAUCGGCGAAAGCUUCAGCAGCACCCCGCCGGAAACGGAGGGCGAGGAUAAGGUCUACGGUAAUUUGAAGACAGAUAAACAACCCCCACGCGACGACUGCAACAAAUUAGACGACGCAACGCAGGAAGUACGCAGCAGGCCUAACGGUAAAUCGAUGAGACCGCCGAGCCCGCACAAGGUGUGCAAGGACGCGAGCUGCACGAACGGCCGCAGGAACCGCUUCAUCGUGCUUGGCUCGAGCGGCGAGGUACUGCCGGUGACGCGCAAAUCCCUCGGCCAGAUGUCGGUCUACAGCAGCUGCAACAGCCAGAGCACUGACAGCUUCCACAGUGCCAAAGAGACCAUCGACGAGGAACCCGGGGAGGAGGAGUACAAAUUGACGAAACGUUACAGCGCACAACUGGACACGCCUGAGAGACGGGGAACCUUCGCGCAGCGACUGAAGGACGCCUUAAAGCGGGAGAGCACGGCGACCGGCGCAACUUCUUCCAACACCUCGUCCGGAGAGAGCAGUUAUGCUGUUGGCAUCAGUGUCAGCGGCAGCCACGUCUGCGAUCAGGAUAUCAAGGUAAAAAGAGGGGGCUCGAGAGGUUUCGUCCUUCGCGACGAGACAGUGGAUGAAGAGUUCUUGAAGGAAUCCCUGGAGGCCGAGCAGAAGUGGCUCGGCCGAUUUCGACAGAGUCAAGGGCCUAUGUUUCAACGGAAAGACACAAGUGCGAGCAGCAAAUACAGUUUUAGCACCGAGUACAAUUCCGAUUUCUGUUCUGAGCUGGAAGAAGUCUACGAACAGCUGUCCAAGUGGCUGGAAGACCCGAUAGUGGCGGACGAGAGCCGGGAGCUAGAUGCGAGGGAUCGGGCGGUGGUGAGAUUCGCCGGUUCGCUUCUGAAGCGCGCUCUGAGCGAGUCGUUCGCCGGUGUGCCGGUCCAGGAAGGAGAGCCUCAGCCAUUUAUCGACUCGAACGACGUGAACCAACGGCACAAACUGGCGUUGGCCGUGAGGAGCCUCAGCUUGGAGCUCGCUCGUCAAAAGAACCGAAGGCAGCAAUCAGUGUCUGAAUCGGAAGGUGUAGAUCGCUACGAGGACGCCUCGUGCGAGAUGGUAAGAGAGGCGAAGGACUCCCAACGUAGGAAACUUUGGGCCGUUACGUUCACGUCGGAAGUGUUCCAAACGUUGGUUGAUGAUCAGACCACCGUAUACCUGUCCUGCACGCCGGCGGCGAAGGCAUCGAGCCCCGUCGGCGCCUCGAGCCGAACGGCGAGCGCAAAAUGCGUUCCGGCCGGUGCCGAGUUGCCGCGCGAGAACAGUCCUCAGGGCGGAGGAUUGCUACCAGUAGCUACCGGUAACUGGGGAUGCGGGACUAGAUUGAAGGGUGAUCCGCAGCUGAAACUGGUCAUUCAAUGGCUCGCAUCUUCACUGGCGGGCGCGCCCAGAUUAAUUUACUACACUUCGGGUAAUGCCAGACUGUCUAAGUUGGACACUGUGAGCAGAGUGCUGAUGGACAGACGAUGGUCGGUGGGCGAUUUGGCAGCUGCGACUCUCAGGUUCGCCGUGCAGGCGAUCGAGGAGCGGGUCGAGGGCAAAAACAGUCUCUUCGAAGAGAUAAUCGGUAUGGACAAGCCGAGUCCUUAGCCCGACACGAUGCUGUCCGUUCUGG